UAUAUUCUCGAGGAGUUCCGAGAGUACAAAAAUGGCGCGGUGGCUGAACAUAGAAAAUGACAUCAAAAAAUUAGUUAAUCAAAUAACUGGAUUCCAGGAAGGGGAGGAAAACUUCGGAUUAUGUGUACAGUUUGCCUUGACAAACCUCAAGUUUCAUCGUUUCCUGAGUGUUGAUAGCCACAAAGUCACCAAAUCCCUCAAUGGAAUGCUGGACAAAUUUGAGAUCCACUCCCAGUUGGAGAAAAAGAACAGUCUACAGAGACUUUGUGACCAGUUCCUCUCUACUCCCUGUUUUGAAGGACGCGAUACAGGAAAAACAGACACCCACUACAGUUUAUUGUUGCUGCUACUGAAUAUUGGAGAAAACCCCACCCAUGCAGCAUACACUGAAAAACCCCAAAUUCUGAAAGUCCCAGAAGUGGUGGAUGAUUUUGACUGGGGAGCGUAUCUAAGGGAAGGAGAGGAGACAUACUCUACAAUAUAUGCUGACUCAGAUUCAGAGUCUGACUGGGAUCCCCUUAGUGAUGAAGAAACAAUAGUUCCUGUAGGGCCGAAACCUGUUGAAGAAAUCUCAGAUAAUGGGGUGGUGGAUCCAAGCCUGUCUGCCAUUACAGUGGAUGCCACCACAUUCUGUGUAGAGGAGGAGCCGGACCCCAGAGAAUCUGGUACAACCUGGUUGACCAGGAAUGUUACAGUCCAGUACUGGUGUGGUCAGAACCGACCAGAGGAAAUCCACUCAACUGAAAACCUCAAGAAAGACUGGGAGAGAUACAGAGAGGCGACUGAUCCAAUCUACAGCAACCACAACAACAUCACUGUCUCUGAGAUACAGCUCCUGAGGGAAGUGUUAUGGAUUCUUGGAGGAGUGACAGACUCCUUUGUGUUUAUUCUACAUGGAGAGGAAUUCAUUGUGAGAGAAAAUGUUUUUGUCCAGCAUUUAACAGAUAAUUCUUUGGAAAGUUAUCUCUCCUGUUUUGCGAAGUACGGCUCCUAUGUACAUCGUCUGUUAUGCUUUGAGGAGGAGUCUAUCUGUGGGUCAUGUGACCUGUCAAUCACAGACCCCAACAGCCUGACUUGCCAAACCUACCAGGCAUUCGCUAAUGCAAUCUCCAACUUCAUUAAAUCUUUGAGGAAAGAGCUGACGAUAAUUGAGAAAAAAAUAAUACAGCAAGAGCAGACAAUGACACUGGCCAUGCUGCAUGGAGAUUUGUCAUUGUGGCUGAAGAAGAUAGAAGUGCUACACUCUGUGUACAUUAGAGGAGUCAGAGAAGCCGAUUGGCUGGUCAACAACUGUCAGAGGGCGUCCUAUCUACUGAGUGUACUGUUUGAUACUGUGGUGGAGUAUGACACGCUGGGACAGAAUGCUUCAGAUAUUACAGAGCUUCUGAUCCCACUGUGGAUACAGACCACCAAGCCUUACAUAGAGGUGAUAGAUGAGUGGAUCACUAACGGAAAUCUAGUCGACCCCAGAGCAGAGUUCAUCCUCAAAAGGAAUGAGAAUGUUAAAUCUCUGGAUGAGAGUUUCUGGGAGACAGCCUUCACUAUACACGUACCAGCAGACUCGGUGCUGCCUGAUGAAGUCCAACAGUCCCAGCAUACCAUCAGGAGUACUGACAACAGCAAGUCUAGCAGGGGGAGUAACUCUGUACAGCUAUCCCAGCAUGCCCAGACAAUCAUGGAUAACAGAUCACAGAGGGGCAGUAACUCUAUAGAUAAGACUAAAGGUUCUUCUCACUGGGCCCCUGAGUUUUUGGAGCCUGUUAUUUUGGAGGUGGUAUUGGCAGGAAAGUCCAUGGAAAUGUUACAGGACCUUGGAAAACUGGCUGAUGUUUGUGGAGUGAACAAAGAAAAGUCGUUGUACAUGUCAUUUUUGGAAUCGCUCCAAGACCUGCUGGGGACGCGACCACAUGAUGAUUUUGUAGAAGCCCUGCCCUCUGAAAUCAGCAUGUACCCAGAGCAGAUUGACAGGCAGAUGAAAAUGAAGGGAAUUUUUGAUCCACUGUUGAAGAUUAACUUCAUGAACAUUUUUCACUCCUGUAAUGUCCGGUUACAAGGAUCUAUAGAUGAAGAAGAGCAGGAUAGCAAGAUGUUGAGUAUACUGGAGACAGAGAGAUUACAGCCGGUAAACCUUGUCCUUAGGAAGUGUCUGUACCCCCACAUCAGUCAGAAGUACUACCGAGUGUGUACCCGCCUAGUCCAGAUCCUGAAGGAGGAGUACAGACUGAUGGGAUACCUGGCAGCUAUGAGGCAUUUCUUUCUGAUGGAAGCUGGUGAUACAAUGUUUGAUUUCUACACCCCUAUAUUUGACAAGAUACGCCUCAACAGUCACUGGAGAGAUAUCUCUACUGUCAACCUGAUCCUACAGGAAGCUUUACAGACCCAUUAUCCAGAGGAGACUAGUCGGUUGUAUGUGAGUAUUGAGGAGUUGCCGGAAGACCGGCGUCCCAUUAAUAUCACAGACUGCAUCAAACUGCACUAUAAGGUGCCCUGGCCAGUGGAUGUGGUCAUCAGCUCCAAGUGUCAGGCAAUCUACAACCAGAUCUUCACCUUUCUCCUGCAGGUGAAGCGGGCCAAGUACUGCCUGGACGAGCUCCGAUUCUGUGACUUGGAGAAGGACCUUGGGCUCCAGAGUCACUCGGGGACAGAGUUUUCUCUUCAUCUUGAUGAGGACAUGCCCAGGGAGGGACGCAUUCACCGCAUGCAUGUUCUCAGAAUGAGGCUGACGUACUUUGUCAACAGUCUGCACAACUAUAUCAUGACCAGGAUUUUACAUAGCACAGGGAUUGAAUUUAAGCAAGACUUGGAGAAAGCCAAAGAUCUAGAUCAGAUUAUUGCAAUCCACAAUAAAUAUGUCAACACGAUACACGAGCGGUGCCUCCUGCACAAGAUGGUGAAGCUUCUCAAGCAGGCAGUGAUGAACGUCCUCAACCUGAUCCUGAACUUUCAGGCUCUCUGGGACGAAGGCAUCCAUGAAAUCAGUUUGAAGACUAUUGAGGGUAUGGAGAUUGAGUUCUCCAGAUGUAUUCUGUUUCUUUCUACAUUCCUCAACAACGUCAUCAAGAGGGGGUCUUUUCCACAUUUGGAGUCCCUAGCAUUUGCGUUAGUCACAUCUACAGAACACUUAACAAAAGGAAGAGCCCAUGUGACAUGAUAGCGACCAAUGAACAUAUAGCAGCUUGUUCAUCUCAUUGAAUAGUGAUAAAUAACAACGAGCGACCAAUCAUAGCUACUUGCUCAUCUCAGUGGAUAGUGAUUGAUAACUUGUGAAUUUGACCAAUGAAUAUUUGUGUUAUAUAGAGAUUGAUAAAACUUCUGUGAUCUAUGACACAGCUGAAUGUUCAUGCCACGCAAAGGAGACUAAUGGUAGUGAUUUAUGUUCUCUCAACAUUUAUGCUACUGGGAUGGUGAUGAAUUCGUAUACACUGUAUCCAGAAUCUUCACAAAAGGUGGCAAAUUCACAAUUGAGGGAGUUUUUGAAUUUGUUCUGUUAUAUAUCUGUGAUACGUAUUUUAUUUUAACAGACAUUUAUUUGAAAUUAAAAUAUUUUUAAGUCAA